GUUAACUUGUGUGACAAAAGGGGAAGGAUGAAGAAGAAAAAUAAGUUAAAGUUUACAAAGAGGGUCAUUUAGAUAUUAGAUCUUUAAAGCAAUUUAGAAGGAUUUAGACUAUCUAUUUGUGAAGUUAGAAGGGAUUAGUUACUUUCAAGUUAAGAAAGAAGAAUUCAAGAACAUACCAAUUCAAUUCCAUUAUUAAGGAUAAAUAAUUACUUUAGUGGUGUGGUUGAUAUGAAGUUUGAUAUAUAACCUACCAGAGUUAAAUAUAGAAAAUAAGAUAUAAAAAGACAUCAUCAUCAUCAUAAAUCAUCAUUAUCAAAAUACAUAUGAGUCGACCCCACUCAGAUUCAGUUUCAAGACUUAAUAGAAUAUUACCUGUUCCUAUUGAAUUACAUAAUGAUGAAGAAGAUAUAGAAUCAGUUGAUAAUAUUAAUCGUGUAAAUGGUAGUGGUGAUAGUAGAAAUAACACUCAUCAAAGUCCUAAGAAACAAAAAUUAUCUCAUAUAACGAAUGUUAUGGUUGGAGAACAUCAUUUGAUUGAAGGAGAAUAUGGAAAACCAUAUAUAUCAUGGGCUAUUAAGAUUGUAUUAGAUGAUUCUGAUUAUUCCUCGAUAAUAGUAUAUAAACGAUAUAGUGAAAUUGAACAAUUUCAUCAAGAUUUAUUACAUCAUUAUCAAAAUACUAAGAGUACAUUAAUUCCAAAUUUACCUCCUAAAGAUAAUUUUCUGAUUGAAAGAUUAUUAUUAUCUAAUAAUUGGUUAGAAGAAAGAAGAAAAGGGUUACAAUGGUUUAUGAGUAAUGUAUUAUUAAAUCCUAAACUUCAAGAUUGUGAAGUUAUUAAAAAGUUUAUAUUAGGUUAGAGAUGAGGAGGUGUGGAGGUAUGAAGAGGUCGGGAGGUGAGGAAUAAUAGAAGAUUCGAUACAUGGAAGAAGUGGAAAUAUAGUAUGAUAUAUAUAAUAAAUAGUGUGAUGAAAUCACUAUAAAUAAUGAAUUUGUAAUAAUAUGAUAUAAUAUUAAAAGUUAAUAUAUAGAGAUA